GUUGUGUGAAAAUGUGUGAAAGAACGAUAGCAGAGUACAAAGAGGAACUUUCUCGGACAAAAGAAGAGAACGAGAGACUACGUCAACUAUUGGAGGCUGUUUUCAAGAAAGCUCAAGUUGUGUUACACAGAACAGACGUCUGUGAAAAAUAUCGUCCACCUGAGCAGCAGGAGGGGUCCUCCAGUAUGAAGCAGAAGAAGUCACAGUACCUCCACGUGAAAGAAGAGGAGCCACAGCCCCACUACUUUAAAGUGGAGGAAAAACAGCGGCUGUCCCCCCACUUCAUAAAGGAAGACAAGAGACACCUGAUCAGUGUGACGAGUGAAGAUGAUGAGGUCAAAGGUGAGUGUGUGGAGAAGAGAGAGGCGGAGCCUCCAAGCAGCAGUUUAGCAGAAGCUGAUGGAGACCACUGUGGAGGAUCACAAGCAGACAAGCUCUUAGCUCCACUAUCAGAUAGUGAGGACACAACGUCACACUCUCCUGACACUGAUGAUGAAGACUCUAAAGAUGAUAAGACAUGUCACACGGACAACACUCACUUCACAUGUUCUACCUGUCACAAAACUUAUAAAUAUCUUAGCUAUUUGAAAAGACACAUGAGAACACACACUGGAGAGAAACCUUUUUCAUGUUCAAUCUGUGGUACAGAUUUUACUCGAAGGCAAACUUUGAAAACACACAUGAGAAUACACACUGGAGAAAAACCUUUUUCCUGCUUAGAAUGUGGCAAAAGUUUUCAAACAAAUCAAAGGUUAAAAAUACACAUGAGAAUACACACAGGAGAAAAACCUUUUUCCUGCUCAGAAUGUGGUAAAAGUUUUCUUGUAAAUCAAAGAUUAAAAGUACACAUGAGAACACACACUGGUGAAAAACCUUUUAUAUGUUCAGUAUGUGGCAAAAGUUAUAUGGAAAGACAGCGAUUAAAAGUACACGAGAGAACGCACUCUGGUGAAAAACCAUACUCCUGUUCAAUUUGCAACAGAAGCUUUCAUGAACGAAAAACUUGUACAGUACACAUGAGAAGACACCCAGGAGAGAAAGUGUUGAGUUGCAGUGUGUGUGGUGAAAGAUUGUCUUCUAAGUACCAGUGUAAGAAACACAAGUGUGCUGGUGAGAACAGCAGCAGCAAAUGAAACUGCAGGAUUUGAAAUAAACUGUCCAGACUUUCA